AUGACUAGAUUGAUGUAUAGGUUGAAGUAUUAUUAUUAAAUAGAUUCCAUGAUUUAAUUUCACAAUCUUUAGUAAGAAUAUUUUUGAAUUGGAAGAAAUUGAAUUAAUGUUGUGUGAUCUUUUUGAGAUUGAUCAUAAGAUUAUAAUAUUUGUAUUUUUAGUUGAAAAGAUAAAAGAGAAUAUAGAAUAUUAUGGAUAUGAUAAAGGAGAUAGAGUUAUAGAAUAGUUGUUGUAAAGUUUUGAUACAAGUAAUAGAGCUGUAUAAAAGGUAUUUCUAAUUUAUUAUUAUCUUAGUAAUUUCUAAAGUUACAAAAAUAUAGUUCCAUAAGAAAUCUUAAAGUCAAUUUCGAAUUACCUACAGGUAUAAUAUUCAAUCUGUUAACUACUAGCUUUCAUUAAUAAGACUUACUUGAAUAUUCAGCUAGGUAAAUUUUAAAGGAAAUUUAGAACUGCCAAUGAUGCAAGGAAAGAAAGGUUUUGAUUUUGCUUGAUAUCAAAUAAUUUCUUUAUUUUAGUUUAUUACUAAUUAUUAUGAUUGGAAGACCUACAAGAAAUAG